CCCUGCUAUAAAUAGGUGCUGGGCACUGUACUAGGCUCUGAAGGACUCGGAUGAAUAAGGCAGAGACAGGCCCCUGCCUCCAGGCUCACCUCAUCAGACAGAAGAGGAAACUGAGGUUCAAGUUGAUGAAGGAGUUAGGCAUAGCAGAGCUGUGCUGGCUUCAAACCUACUUUCAUCCUGCUGAGCCCCCUGGCUGCCCUCUUCUCAGCCUCCUGGGGCUCCCAGGGCUGGGGGGUGAGGGUGGAUGUGGACUUGCAAUGCCAGCUGUGGGAGAGUAGCCAGCCGCUGCCCUAGACCAGACACUGGGGAUCAGGAUGUCAAAAGGGCAGCCAGUUCUGGUGCUGUGCAGAGUCGACAGGUCGGGGUGGCCAAGGUGAAGAUGGGCUUAGGACCACGCAGAGCAGCAAGCCCCGUCCCACCUCCCACAACACACACCUUCUAUUUUGAUCUGACUUGCCUGGCAUCUAGGGACAAAGGGUAGCCCAGCGUCCCAGAUUUUAGCAAUCGUUACAGGACCGACCUCUUGCCCAAAAGUGGCAUCAGACUCAACUCUUCUGCUGUGUACCCAAGCCGUUGCCUGGGUUGAGCCUCAGGAGCUGGAGAAGCUUGGGGCAGAGGGAGAGCUGCACAGUGGAGGGCUGGGUUCAGCCUCAGCUCUGUGACCCUGGAUGAGUGACUCACCUCUCUGAACAUCUACAAAAUGGCAAUGCUCUCACCAUUCACAGAGUGUGUGGAGGGGGACUUGAGCUGCGGACGUGAAGCUCGUGCACGUAGCAGGCACGCAACACCUGCUUGCUCCUCACCAGGUUCCCUCACUCCUGCGCUCCUGUCCUCUGUUGGAGCGGGACAGUCUGUGGAAUUACCCGGAAGUCCCCAGCCAGAGCUGCUGCCCCCUGGACGUGUGCUUUGACAGGCAUUUCCUGAGCCUGGAGGGUCUGGACACCAGGAUCAAGUUCAAGUGCCUCACCCCAAUUCACCGCCUUGCCCCAGGUGUUGGCCUCCUCGCCAGCCCUGGACAAGAUGGGUUAGCAGGACGGGACUGUGCGGCACAGCCUGUAGGCUUUGGAACCAGGCAAACCCUGGCUGGGAGUUCUGACUCGGUCUCGGCCUCUGAUCUUGGACAGGCAGCCUCGCCUCCCUGAGACGCCACUUCUUUACAACGGGAUCACCCUGCCUGCCUCAUGGGGUUUCCGUGGGCACUUACGGUGCGCUGCAGCUGAGAGCAAAGGAGGCUCUGUGACGGGAGGGCCAGUUCGGCCACAGCAGGAGGACUGAGAGGACCUGAUGGAGGAACUGGUGGGGCUGCGCGAGGGCUCCUCAGGGGACCCUGUAACUCUGUGGGAGCUAUGGGGCCCAUGUCCCCGCAUCCGCCGAGGCAUCCGCGGAGGCCUGGAGUGGCUGAAGCAGAAGCUGUUCCGCCUGGGCGAGGACUGGUACUUCCUGAUGGCCCUUGGGGUGCUCAUGGCCCUGGUCAGCUACGCCAUGAACUUUGCCAUCGGGCGUGUGGUCCGAGCACACCAGUGGCUGUACCGGGAGAUUGGGGACGGUCACCUGCUCCGGUAUCUCUCCUGGACCGUGUACCCUGUGGCCCUCGUCUCUUUCUCCUCGGGCUUCUCCCAGAGCAUCACGCCCUCCUCUGGAGGUUCUGGAAUUCCAGAGCUGAAGACCAUCUUGUCGGGUGUGAUCCUGGAGGACUACCUGGAUAUUAAGAACUUUGGGGCCAAGGUGGUGGGCCUCUGCUGCACCCUGGCCUGUGGCAGCACUGUCUUCCUGGGCAAAGUGGGUCCCUUCGUGCACCUGUCUGUGAUGAUGGCGGCCUAUCUGGGCCGUGUGCGCACAGCGAUCAGCGGGGAGCCUGAGAACAAGAGCAAGCAAACCGAAAUGCUGGCGGCCGCGGCGGCAGUGGGCGUGGCCACAGUCUUCGCAGCUCCGUUCAGCGGCGUCCUGUUCAGCAUCGAGGUCAUGUCUUCCCACUUCUCUGUCUGGGAUUACUGGAGGGGCUUCUUUGCAGCCACCUGCGGGGCCUUCAUGUUCCGACUCCUGGCGGUCUUCAACAGCGAGCAGGAGACCAUCACCUCCCUCUUCAAGACCAGUUUCCGGGUGGAAGUCCCCUUCGACCUGCCAGAGAUCUUCUUUUUUGUGGCACUGGGUGGUAUCUGCGGUGUCCUGAGCUGCGUUUACCUCUUCUGUCAGCGAACCUUCCUCCACUUCAUCAGGACCAAUAGGUUCAGCUCAAAACUGCUGGCCACCAGUCCUUGUCUCGCUGUCAGCCCCCGGGGGGCAAGUGGGCGUGAACUCUGCUGUCCUGUCUGGGCGAGGCCCAGCUGCCCUCUCCACCGGAUGGGGGAAAGGGAGGGCCAGCCCUGGAGCUCACCCACGCCCCACAGCAAGCCUGUGUACUCCGCCCUGGCCACCCUGGUUCUCGCCUCCAUCACCUACCCGCCUGGCGUGGGCCGCUUCCUAGCUUCUCGGCUGUCCAUGCAGCAGCAUCUGGACUCACUGUUCGACAACCACUCCUGGGUGCUGAUGACCCGGAACUCCAGCCCACCCUGGCCUGAGGAGCUCGACCCCCAGCACCUGUGGUGGGAAUGGUACCACCCAAGGUUCACCAUCUUUGGGACCCUUGCCUUCUUCCUGGUUAUGAAGUUCUGGAUGCUGAUUCUGGCCACCACCAUCCCCAUGCCUGCCGGGUACUUCAUGCCCAUCUUCAUCCUUGGAGCUGCCAUCGGGCGCCUCUUGGGAGAGGCUCUUGCUGUCACCUUCCCUGAAGGCAUCGUGGCUGGAGGGAUCACCAAUCCCAUCAUGCCGGGAGGGUAUGCCCUGGCAGGGGCUGCGGCCUUCUCAGGGGCUGUGACCCACACCAUCUCCACGGCCCUGCUGGCCUUUGAGCUGACUGGCCAGAUAGUGCAUGCGCUGCCGGUGCUGAUGGCGGUGCUGGCAGCCAACGCCAUUGCACAGAGCUGCCAGCCCUCCUUCUAUGAAGGCACCAUUCUCAUUAAGAAGCUACCAUACCUGCCACGGAUCCUCGGCCGCAACAUUGGCUCCCACUGUGUGAGGGUGGAACACUUCAUGAACCACAGCGUCACCACGCUGGCCAAGGACAUGCCGCUGGAGGAGGUGGUCGAGGUCGUGACCUCCACAGACGCAGCCGAGUAUCCCCUGGUGGAGAGCACAGAGUCCCAGAUCCUGGUGGGCAUCGUGCGAAGGCCCCAGCUGGUGCAGGCCCUCCAGGUUGAGUCUUCUUCCUGGGCUCCAGGACAUCAGCAGGGUCUCCAGGACAUCUUGGCUAGGGGCUGCCCCACGGAACCAGUGACCCUGACGCUAUUCCCAGAGACCUCCCUGCACCAGGCACACAACCUCUUUGAGCUGUUGAACCUUCAGUCCCUCUUUGUGACAUCGCGGGGCAGAGCUGUGGGCUGCGUGUCCUGGGUAGAGAUGAAGAAAGCAAUUUCCAACCUGACAAAUCCACCAGCCCCACAAUGAGCCGACCCAGCAAGAUGCCCACAGCACCCCGGCCGCCCUGGUGCUGAGGUUGGGCCGAGACCCUGCUGUCUUUCCCCAUCACCACCCACGCCUCCCUCCAGCCCAGCUCCAUUUCCUUGGCAUAAGAGGCAGCUCUAACCUAGCCCGGAAGAGGAUGGCUCAUCCUGGAAGAAACGAUGGCUCCUGAUUGAAAAGCACAUCCCACCUUGGACAGAGCUCAGAGCGUGAGAUGCCAGAAAACCAGUAUCUGGCAGGUGCUCAGUGACUGACUAUCACAUUAAUGAAUGACAAGGUUGGGGUAUGCUGUCACCAAGGGCAGGCACAGAUGCUCUCUGGGGUUGUCUGAUUCCCAGUGAGAGGCUCCUGAGAAAAAUAAAGCUGGUUCCCAGA